AUGUAUACGGAUUUUGAUGUGCUUAUUGCUGAAAACAUUUUCGUAAGACAUUUUGUUUUCCCAGGAAAUUAAUCGAAUCCUUUUCUGCAAAUAUCGGCCGGCCUCUGUUUCAACAAAUUAGUUCGUGAGGCAAGCUGCUGCGCAAAUGUUAUUCCACUGUCGGUAAUUAUGGAAUUAAGUUGUAUUAACCCAUAUAACAUUUCUUAACUACACAAUCUGUACUUCCAAAGUCGCACGUUCACUCACAUCGGUCAUGCCAUUUUUAAUUAAUGUCUUAACCUAGUUCUAAUUUUAUAAUUAAAUUAUUCUUUCUUGUUUGAUCAUCUGUUCGAUUGUUACAUUUACAGACUGUAAUUUGUUUGACUGUAAUUUUUGUUUCAUUUUGUACAGUUUGUUCUGUUUAUAGAUUGAUUUAAAAGUUUUGGUUUUUCUUUUUACAGAUUAUUGAUUGCUAUGAAACUUCAAAACAUUCAGCGAUGAAAUUCAAAAGACGUCAUUAAGGUGAUUAAUAGUAAAUCGCAUAGCUUUUCAUACAAAUAUAGUUACGUUCGAAUUAAAGCAAACGUAUUUAUAUAUUUUCUUACUAGAUAAUUGUUAAUAUUUAUUUAGUAUUCAAUCCAUAAUCAUUCUUAACAAAUGAUUUAUGGUAUUAACAUAAUUAAUAUAACAAAAUUAUAAGUAAUUUUGCAAUUUGUUAGAAAACUAAGAUAAAAAUAGACAAGACUGAAAAAAAGUCACUUGCUUUCAAUUUAUUUCUAGCGUUUUGUUUGAAUUAUUAUUAAUUUUUAUUGAAACGAAAUUUUGAAGUUUUGAUUUUGCAGUACAGAAUAGAAAUGUCUAACGUAGUUCAGUGAUCAUUGGAUUCUCUUUUAUAUUUCAAGUUUUCAUUGCUAAUAGACUUUAUUAGCAUCUCAAGUUCGAAGAGAAUUUUACUUUUCACUAUUUUAAAUUUUUUGAACAAUCAACAGUAUGUUUUUAAGAAUAAAUUAAUAAUAUUUUAUAUGUUUUUAAAAAGUUUUUUAUAAUUUGCACAUUUUUUGAUAUCUGGAAAAAAUAUAAUAUAAUAUAAUAUGAACUGUGCUUCAAAACUAAACAAAUAAGAUCCUUUGUAUCUUGUAUUCUAGUUAGUUCUAUUCGUAUUUUAAUUUAAUUAUUACUAGCUGAAAAAUAAAAUUUGGUUUAAAAUUUUUAUUCUCGAAUUGAUUAUUAUUAUUAAAAUUUUGCGUUGAUAAAAUCAACCUUUCAUUAUUUAAGAACAAACUAUUAAAAUAAAAUAUUAUUUCAGUCAUCACUUCUUCCAUGGAAUUCAAUGAUUUCUAUUUGAUGACGGGCUUCACAAUAACUUCUGGUUCACAAUUAAUUCAAUGA